AUGAAAUGGAUCUGUGAAGAAUGUGGUAAGAUUUUAUUUUUUUAAAUGGCCGUAAUGUCUGCCUGAUGUUUGGCAAAUUUUGACAUAAAUAAGUGAAGAAAAAACCCAAACAAAUGUACUCCGCUCCGGUCUCGGUCGGAGCUAAGUGCUCAUGCUCUGACAAUGGCCGCCCUGCGACUGCGGCUACCACGAGCCUCGGCCACCACGGCUCUCUCAGGCGUCCCCCGCCAAACUGCAAUCCCAGAUGAGGAACUCCUGCCGCCGCCGCCGCCGCGCGGGCCCAAUAAUGCCCACCUGAACGCGCUGCUCACGUCCUACGGCCGCCGCGGCAUGCUCCGCGACGCCCAGCAGCUGUUCGACAGGAUGCCCCGCCGGGACGUCAUCUCCUGGACCGCGCUCCUCACCGCCUACGCCGACAACGGCGACCCGGCCUCCGCGCGCCUCGUCUUCGACGACAUGCCCCGCCGCAACGCCGCCUCCUGGAACGCGCUGCUCUCGCUCUACCUCCGCGCGGGCCAGCCGGCCGCCGCGCACGCGCUCUUCUCCAAGAUGCCGGCCAGGAACGCGGUGUCCUAUGGCGCCAUGAUCUCGGGCCUCGCUAGGGCCGGGAUGCUCCGCGAGGCCGAGGCGGUGUUUGCCGAGAUGCCGUGGCGAUGGCGGGACCCGGUUGGGUCGAACGCGCUGAUCGCCGCGUACGUGAGGGCUGGGGAGCUCUCGUUGGCGCUGAGGGUGUUCGAGGGAAUGGCCGUGAGGGAUGUCAUUUCUUGGACCGCGGUGGUCGACGGGCUCUGCAAGAAUGGCAGCGUGCUGGAGGCGAGGAAGGUGUUUGAGGCCAUGCCGGAGCGGAAUGUGGUGUCGUGGACCUCGAUGAUUCUUGGGUAUGUAAAACUUGGGAGGCGCAGAGAUGGUCUGCUGCUGUUCCAGAACAUGAGAAGGGAAGGUGUUCAGGUUAAUACAACGACGCUCUCAGUCGCGUUGGAUGCUUGUGCCGAGUCCAGCCUUGUCAGGGAAGGAAUUCAGAUUCACGGUUUGAUUAUAGCAAUGGGGUUUGAAAUGGAUGUUUUCUUAGGUGAUUCAUUGAUCACCUUGUAUUCACGGUUUGGUUGGAUGGUUGAUGCUAGAAGGGUGUUUGCUUACAUGACGUGGAAAGACGUAGUGUCAUGGAACUCGUUGAUCACAGGCUAUGUUCAGCAUAACAUGGUCGAAGAAGCACAUGUGCUGUUCAAGUUAAUGCCUGAGAAGGAUGCUGUUUCUUGGACAUCGAUGGUUGUUGGGUUUGCUAACAGGGGUUGGAUUACAGAGGCCAUAGAACUUUUCGAGCAAAUGCCAGGAAAAGAUGAGGUUGCUUGGACUGCGGUUAUUUCUAGUCUCGUUACAAAUGGAGACUAUUUAAGUGCAGUGCGGUGGUUUUGUCGCAUGGCACAAGAAGGCUGCAAGCCCAAUACAAUAGCUUUUAGUUGUCUACUCAGUGCUUUGGCUAGCCUAACAAUGUUGAAUCAGGGAAUGCAAGCUCAUGCAUAUGCAAUCAACAUGGGAUGGAUAUUUGACUCUUCUAUUCACACUUCUUUGGUAUCAAUGUACGCAAAAUGCGGAAGAUUGGCUGAGGCUUAUCAUGUUUUCUCGAGCAUUAGCAAUCCAAGUCUUAUUGCUACUAAUUCUAUGAUUACAGCAUUUGUGCAACAUGAUUUGGUUGAAGAUGCAUUCAAACUUUUUACCAAAAUGCAAAAUGAUGGCCACAAGCCUAACCAUGUGACAUUCUUGGGAAUUCUGACUGGCUGUGCACGUGCUGGUUUGGUUCAACAAGGUUAUAACUAUUUCGGAUCAAUGAAAUCGGUCUAUGGUAUUGAACCAAACCCUGACCACUACACAUGUAUGGUUGAUCUUUUAGGUCGUGCAGGCCUCCUUGCUGAAGCACUGGAAAUGAUUAACUCGAUGCCCCAGAAUGAUAAUUCUGAUGCAUGGGCAGCUUUGCUCAGUGCUAGCAGUCUGCAUUCUAGUCUCACUUUUGCAAAAAUAGCAGCACAAAAGCUUCUUGAGAUGGAUCCUUAUGAUGCAACAGCCUACACAGUGCUGUCAAAUAUGUUCUCAUCUGCAGGGAUGAAAAAUGAUGAAGAAAUGCUGAAAGUUGUACAGUUAUCCAACAUGGCCAGUAAAAGCCCUGGCUAUAGCCUUAUUACUGGAUAAGGCCACAUCGAACAGAACACACAGUGAACACUUCUAGAGCUUCAGUUCUUGGUAACUGGCAGAUGAAACACAAGGAUAUCAAAUUCAUAUCACAACUGUUCUAAUACCAAGAGUUGAUGUUGAUUAUGUUGGUUGUGCCUGUCUAUGCGUACACGACGUUGAGAAAUGAAAAUUGAAGUGACGUUGAAAAGAGCUCACAUCAUCAUGCGCAGUUCCUAGUUAAUGCUAAAUAUUUGUGGCUAGCUGACCGGAUGAUUGUUGAUAUGAACAUUGUGCAUGUAGGUGGUCUGGAUCCAUUUUUGGCAGGCACUGCAGAAGUGAAGGACCUAUGCACAGAAUUCACCUGCCGCUACAGAGAAGUGCUAAAGAACAAGAAAAUGUUGGCUGCUGCUUAAAUUCAACAACAUUUAUGUAGGAGAUAGUUUGUUGAUCAAUGGAUAACGAAUUGGUUUCUCCACUGAGCGAAGUCUAAGGUCGAUUCUAGCGAGACAACUAUACCCAAGUGUAUUGGAAAAAACUCAACAGGACGAAGCUCAGGCUCCCACCUGGACCUCCAAGAUGGCCAAUCUUUGGGAACCUUCUCCAGCUGAGUCCUCUUCCCCACAAGGACUUUGCUCGCUUUUGCACCAAGUAUGGCCCCC